GAGGAAAUAAAAGUGUUCAUGGAGAGAGGAUCAGCCACUAUCUCUGCUGAAGACCAUAGGGUACCAUGCCAUUGCCAAGCUACGCUCCAAGCAGUAACGAAAUCAUGCCUGUGCCAAAGAAAGCAGGAAGAAAAUCCCAGGCAGCUCCUGCAGAGGUGCCGCCGGUGUACGAGCCCAAUAUUCAUGAUCCCACCACCAGGGCUGACCUCAUGAAAUACUGGAUCCCCCUCUCCCUGGAUGACAAAACGGCCCAGAAGCUGCUGUGGAUAUCCGAGAGCAACCUCAAGGUGUCGCGUAUGUCAGAGGAGGUUUGUCCAUACCCCAUGAGACCGGAGAGAUAUGAGCAUUCACCACAGGUGCUAUGUAAGGAGGGUCUGUUGGGGCAGAGAGGGUACUGGGAGGUGGACUAUGAUGGCUGGGUGGUGAUUGGGGCAGUGUACGAGAGCAUGGGCCGGAAGGAAGGGCCAUGUGGGCUGGGGGAGAACGAAAGCUCAUGGGGUGCGGGCUGGGCCGGCUCCUGCUACCAAGUCUGGCACAACGGGGAGAACGUGAAGGUCGGGCUCCCUUUGUGCAACACCAUGAGCAUAUACCUGGACCAGCCCGCUGGCAUCAUCAAGUUCUUCAUCGUGGAAGGAGAAGGGGAGGCGGAGAAGGCGGUGCGACUGAUACACAAGUUCAAAACUGACCUCAAAGAGAAGAUUCUGCCUUGUUUCUGGGUUGGCAGUAAAUCCUUCUGUUGGAUCCGGAAGAAAGAGGGACAGUAACAAGAAGGGUGUAAGAAAGGAGAUAUGGAAUAACGGGUCAGGGAAUUUGUAAGAGAGGGAGGUAAAGUGAAUGAGAAGAUAUAUGUUUCUAAUAUUUGGAGAACAAGCACUGGUGUCAGAAUGCAGAAUUGAAGCAGAGAAUAAUGGAAUCUUCACAACAUGAAAUCAGUUGUAAUCUGUUCACAUCAUGUCUAUGGUUUUAAGUGUUGCUGUUAUCCCUCUGUUGCAUGAGGACAACAUACAUAUGAAUUACUAGGUUAUAUUAUAUUUAGAAUGACAAUUUUUAUUAUAUUGACUAUGACUAUUUAUUAGUACUGUCAGUCGUUUUUGUUACAGCACUAGUGUUAAAGUAAUGAGAGCACAGCACAAGAGAACACCACAGCAACUGUCACAAGUUCUGCUGCAACAGUGGGCCACAAACAGAUGCAGGUAUGUGUCUGUGGUUGGAGGAAAGUUACAUCACACCAUGGGUUGAGGAUCCACCAGGGGAAGAAGGGGUGUUUGGGUAAAGAGAGACAGAGAACUCACAUUGAUUACUUUCUGCGAAAGCGAUCAAAUCAGUCGAAUGAAGCACAGCAACUGGACGCAAACCAUAGUUUGCAGUGCAUCAGUACCACUGUCAUGGAGGACGUAAACUCAAGCACCGAAGUAGCAACUGAGGUGGAACCAACAACAGGAGUGGAACUCACCCAGCCUCCCAGACCUGCAGUCGAGAGGAGACUACCAGGGCACAGACCGUAUGUGAAAUGGCCUGGCGCCAGUGACAAGACGUUGUGGGAAACAGUGAAUACUGACCUUACCUUGACCCUCGAGAAACUUUGAGGCACUAUAAAGAUCCCUUCAAGUUCCUCAAAAGUCUCUUCACAAAGGAAAAAAGUGGAGCUCUAAAAACAACA